GAGGGGUGGGGCCGGGGGCGGAGCUGCUGGAGGGGGCUGCUCCGCGCCGGGGCCGUUGGCUCCAGACAAAUAAACAUGGAGUCCAUCUUCCACGAGAAACAAGAAGGCUCACUUUGUGCUCAGCAUUGCCUGAAUAACCUAUUACAAGGAGAGUAUUUUAGCCCUGUGGAGUUAUCCUCAAUUGCACACCAGCUAGAUGAAGAGGAAAGGCUGAGAAUGGCAGAAGGAGGAGUCACUAGUGAAGACUACCGCACAUUUUUACAGCAGCCUUCUGGAAAUAUGGACGACAGCGGCUUUUUCUCUAUUCAAGUUAUAAGCAAUGCUUUGAAAGUUUGGGGUUUAGAACUAAUCCUAUUCAACAGUCCAGAGUACCAGAGGCUCAGAAUUGAUCCUAUAAAUGAAAGAUCCUUUAUAUGCAAUUAUAAAGAACACUGGUUUACAGUUAGAAAAUUAGGCAAACAGUGGUUUAACUUGAAUUCUCUGUUGACGGGUCCAGAAUUAAUAUCAGAUACAUACCUCGCACUGUUCUUGGCUCAGUUACAGCAAGAAGGUUAUUCUAUAUUUGUUGUUAAGGGUGAUCUGCCAGAUUGUGAAGCUGACCAACUUUUGCAGAUGAUUAAGGUCCAGCAGAUGCAUCGACCAAAACUUAUUGGAGAAGAACUAGCACAUCUGAAAGAACAGAGUGCCCUCAAAGCAGAUCUGGAACGAGUCUUAGAGGCAGCUGACGGGUCGGGAAUAUUUGAUGAAGAUGAGGAUGAUUUACAGAGGGCUCUAGCCAUAAGUCGGCAGGAAAUCGACAUGGAGGAUGAAGAAGCCGAUCUCCGCAGGGCCAUUCAGCUCAGUAUCCAAGGUAGUUCCAGAAGUAUGUGUGAAGAUAGUCCACAGACGUCAAGUACAGAUCUUUCUUCAGAAGAGCUUCGGAGGAGAAGAGAAGCCUACUUUGAAAAGCAACAGCAUCAGCAGCAGGAGGUAGACCGACCUGGACCCCUUUCAUAUCCACGUGAAAGACCGACCACAAGUUCAGGAGGACGUGGGAGCAACCAAGGAGGUGACGCUGUGAGUGAAGAGGACAUGCUUCGGGCAGCUGUGACCAUGUCUUUAGAAACUGCUAAAGACAAUUUGAAAGCAGAAAGAAAAAAAUAGUACCUUUAAAAGUCAUUUUGCUACUCAUAGUUUGUAACAUUGUCUGUGUGACUACAGUGUAAGGUCACCAGUGUGUUCACCAGAAGAGAUAAAGACACUGCAGUGGUUUGUAAGCAGAAAGGCAGAAAUGUGUCAUAGGACUAAGGAAUGAGCGAGAUACUAGCCAAAGAGGCAGUCAGCAAAGAAAGAAACUUAAGGUAGUUUUCUAAAUGUCCCUUUUUGUUUUUCAAAUGUGCAAUAUCUGACUGAAAUUAUGGAAUUUUUGUUGGCUCUUUUGGACCAACUGAUUAGCUCUUGCCACAGAACUUGAUCCUAUAAUGUUUCGUUUUCUCUCUGCAUUGGAGGUGGCUUGGCUCACUUGAGCUUUUACUUCAUUUCAGCCCUACCUUUUACGAAAUGUCUUUUGUAUGUCUUGUUACAGAAAGAUCAGUCUCUCUUUUCAUACAUAUGUCGGGCACGUGGAUGCUUCCUGGUGUUAUUCUCUCUGCUUUUUGGUUAUUCUCUCCAACUCUAAUGUGGUGGUCUGUUGCUUUUAAAGCCUUUUUUAGUGGGACCAUAUUUCUUAAUUCUGGUGCAUUCCUCUACUCUCCAGUCAGCUCUGUUCUUGUCUAUGAGCUGAGUGUUUUGUGAGCACCCGAGCACGUGCUUUCUAGAUGCCCUGUGAGCAACUUGAGUUGUGUCCUGGCUGAUCCUGGCAUCCUGCCUGUCCCUUACUUCCUUUCUUUUCCAGUUGAGAAAAGAGGAGUCAGAGGACACAAACGUACUUCCUUCUAUGUACCAUGCACCAUGAAUGUACCACAGGAGAGACUCACCCUUCAGUCUUGAUGGUGGGUUUGUCCGAGUUUUUCUUCUGUGACAGGAGCUUUGUGUUCUAAUCAUGAUUAAGUCCUGGAAAAUAGAUGCCUGCUUCACUUUCUAAAAAUAAAAAUAAAAAAAAAAUUUUUUUUUCUAGUAGAAAAUAGGCUGCUGGGAUGAUGGUCUAGAAUCUGAAAGUAAUUUACUAAUGAAAAUAUAUUUAAAUAGUACUGUGGGUUGACCCUUGAAAUCAUAUUUAAAUCGCUUAAGAACUACAGAAGUCACAAUGCUUAAACGGUCUGUUUGUAAAUAGAAAAGUCCUUAGUUUUGAUAAACAUUAAGCGGGAUGCAGAGCUAGUCUUGCUGGGUCAAUACGUGGUAUGAUUUGAGUAGAAAUUAACUAUGUGUCUUUGUCAUGGUGUCACAGACCCUGAUACCUGUUUUCCCCUCCCUCCCCAUUGAUGCCCCUUUGAAUGUUGACUUGUACAUAGGUAAAGUCCAAGAAGAGAUUUUAGCCAGCUUAGGAAGGGGCAGCAUGCUAUAUUGCUCUACCGGUGUGUGCUCUGCACACGUUUUUAUCAGGGAAAGUUUUGGAUGUAGGAUUUAUUGCUGUCUAACUGAAAAAGAAAUAUUUUAUUUAUGAUUAUGAAAUAGCUUUUUCUUGAUAGGAUGGAUGUUUGGUUUGGUUUAGUUGUGCGAGGGAUUGAACCCAGGGCCUCCAGUGUGCUAGGCAAGCACCCUACCU